AUGGCUUCACUGCUGCGAGAUGGACGAUACGCACCUCCGAUUCCAUCCCCUCUCAACCCGACAGGUGGUCUACCAAUAUCGACACACCAGUACAAACGAAAUAAUCACUCUCGGGUAGGGGCACGAAAACCCAGCGGACUAGUAAGUCCAACACAGAGACUCAUGCGGCAGAAGGCAGCGGAAGCAUGGAGGUCCUUGUCAUCGAACAACACAGUCCAUAGCGCCACCUCAGCCACGGUGAUCCGAGGGCUGAAGCCGGAGAUGGUAGACAUAAGCCGGCGGCAGAGCUUUGUAGUUGCAGACAGGUCUUCCUGGAGGGAGGAAGAGGAAAAGCUGGGAGUCGACGGCCGCGCAGAGCAGCCGAUAUUUUUCGACGCGUUCGACGGAGGGAACAUGGGUUUGGGUAUUGUGACGAUGGACAUAGAGAAGCAACCCCUUCUUAGACAUUACGAUUCUGCACCUAGAAGCAAAGCGGCAGCGGCAGCAGCAGCGCAGAAUGUGCUGCCUCUCUACGAGCACAGACCGCGUGGGCCGACAAGCUUGACAAGGCGGCGAUUGAUAUUAGUAGUUGGGAUAGUUUGCGUAAUCAUGUUAGUAUCAACUUUCUGGCCAAACAAAAGAUAG